AUGAUAGAGGCUUUUCAACAACAAAACGUUGCUCUAGUACAGCAGAACACAGUCGCUCUACAAAAUUUGGAGGCUGCCAAAGCGAACACUGAAGUAACUCAGAGACAAUUAAUGGAGAUAUUAACCGCUACUAGAACCACAGUCGGACCAUCCAUUUCAUCUGGGAAUCAUCAGAACGAGUGGAGUUUGGAGAGUUUCCUUCAACAUCACCCAGCCAAAUUCAAUGGAAAGUGCCUUCCUGAUGAGGCAGAUCAGUGGCUGCGUGAUAUGGAAAGAAUCUACGAUGCCAAGAGGUGUCCGGACGACAAUCGCUUGGCAUUCACGGAGUAUCUGCUGACUGGAGAUGUUAGUCAUUGGUGGACUAGCAUGAAGAUGAUUCUGGCGGACACUCAAAGCCCCAUCUUUUGGGACGUCUUCAGAACUAAGUUUUAUGAAGAGUACUUCCCUGAUAACGUUCGUUUCGCCAAGGAAGUAGAGUUUCUUCAGCUAGUGCAAGGUGGGAUGUCCGUUUCGGAGUACACCAACAAGUUCAAGCACUUAGUCAGAUUCAACACUAUGGCCACCAAUGAAGAGUGGCAGUGUCGUAAGUUCGAAAAUGGGCUGAGGAGUGAAUUGAAGUUGUUGAUAUCCAGCUUGUGCAUUAGGUCUUUUUCUAUCAUGGUUGAGAGAGCCAAGGUAUUGGAGAAAAACAUGGCAGAGGUGGAACAACAGAAGAAACAACAACAACAGGCAUCUAGAGGACCGAUAUCUUCAAGAAGCAAUGUGAAUUUGAGGAGGAAUCCUUACGCUCGUCCAGCACAGCCAUCGAAUUCAAGUGGAUCUCAAGCAGUGGUUAUUGUCGGUCGGUCUGGACAGCAAGGGACCGUAACAUGCUUUCAGUGUGGAGGACCACACUACCGUUCAUCGUGUCCUCAGUUAGUAGGAGGAAAGUAUUGCACUCGCUGCAAGAGGAACGGGCAUUUGGAGAGUGAGUGCAACAUGGGAGGACGAGCUGUGAUGAGGCCACCGAAUGCUGGAAGGAAUCAACCGAGAGGUGGUGGUCGAGCACAAGCAGUUGGUCGGGUAUAUGCCAUAACGGGCGCUGAAGCAGCAAGUUCAGAUUGUGGUGAGAAGAAGUUGGUAUUUCCGGAUGAAGAAGAAGAAGAGUUAUCGGUGACGCUCGGUCAAUUAAAGGAGGACAUCGUGGAGGGUGCCAGUUGCUUUCUGAUCAUGACGCACGCGGAUGAAGAGUUUGGAGAUUUAAGUCAUGAACGAUCGUCCAAUAGCAAGCUGAAUGGAGGACAAUCGGUUGUGGACGAAUUCCCGGACGUUUUCCCGGAUGAAGUACCCGGACUACCUCCUCCACGAGAGGUAGAAUUUACUAUUGACUUGGUGUCGACAACAGGACCCGUCUCUAUUGCACCAUAUCGGAUGUCACCAGCAGAGUUGGUUGAACUCAAGAAACAGAUUGAAGAUUUAAUGGACAAGCAAUUCAUUAGGCCGAGCGCAUCACCUUGGGGAGUGCCUGUUCUCUUAGUGAAGAAAAAGGAUGGCAGCUCUCGGCUUUGCAUUGACUACAGGCAGUUAAACAAGCUGACCAUCAAGAACAAGUACCCCUUGCCGAGGAUUGAUGAUCUGUUGAAUCAAUUGCAUGGGGCUACUAUAUUCUCCAAGAUUGAUUUGCGAUCGGGGUAUCACCAAAUUCGGGUGAAGGAAGGGGACGUCCAGAAGACAGCCUUCCGGUCUCGUUACGGACACUAUGAGUAUGUAGUGAUGUUGUUCGGUGUAACGAACGCACCAGCGAUAUUCAUGGAUUACAUGAAUUGCAUCUUCAGGCCGUACCUUGACAAGUUUGUGGUCGUCUUCAUUGAUGAUAUCCUCAUCUACUCCAAGAGCUGUGAAGAACAUGAAGAACACUUGAGGAUGGUGCUGAGCGUAUUGAGGGAGAAAGAGUUGUACGCCAAGCUGUCCAAGUGUGAGUUUUGGAUGAAGGAAGUGCAGUUCUUGAGGCACAUAGUCUCUGCUGGAGGAAUUUCAGUGGAUCCGGCCAAGGUACGAGCGGUAUUGGAAUGGGAGAGUCCGCGUUCGGUCACUGAAGUCCGAAGUUUCGUGGGGCUCGCGGGCUACUAUAGGCGCUUUAUUGAAGGAUUCUUUAAGAUAGUAGCACCGUUGACUCAGCUGACCAGAAAAGAUCACCCGUUCGCUUGGACCGAUCGGUGUGAGGCUAGUUUCCAAGAACUGAAGCAGAAGUUGACGAGCGCUCCACUCUUGGUCAUUCCUGACAAGGCCAAACUGUUCGAAGUAUAUUGUGAUGCCUCUCAUCAAUGUUUGGGCUGUGUGCUUAUGCAAGAGAAGAGAGCGGUCGCGUACGCUUCUCGACAGCUGAAGAUCCAUGAGAAGAACUAUCCGACGCACGACUUGGAAUUGGCAGCGGUUGUCUUCGCAUUGAAGAUUUGGAGGCACUACUUGUAUGGAUCUACAUUCCAAGUCUUUAGUGAUCACAAGAGGAAGGCGAACGUUGUAGCGGACGCUUUAAGCAGAAAGGUAGUUCAUGUCUCAUCCAUGAUGAUCAAAGAAUUAAACUUGGUGGAGAGUUUUAGAGAUCUAAGGUUGCAGUUCGACUUGGAACCGGACAGUAUCAGAUGCUGUAACCUUAGAAUAUCCAGUAACGUCUUUGACCGAAUCAGAGAGAAGCAAUUGGCGGAUGAAGAACUGGCUGAGCAUCAGAGACCGAGCGGUCUACUACAGCAGUUGGAGAUUCCUGAAUGGAAGUGGGACAGUAUCUCAAUGGAUUUCGUGACCCACUUACCCCACACGGUCAAGAAUCACGACUCCAUCUGGGUGAUAGUGGAUCGGUUGACGAAGAGCGCACACUUCUUAGCCGUUAAUUUGAAGAUGUCCAUGACGAAGCUUGCACAACUCUACAUCAACGAGUUCGUUCGUUUGCACGGAGUCCCGUCCAGCAUCAUUUCUGACCGAGACACAAGAUUUACGUCUCGGUUUUGGCAGUCCCUACAAAGUGAAUUGGGUAGCAAACUGCAAUGA